AUGUUCCGCCGCAUAACACCGCUUUCAUUCGCACACAGAGCUGUUUCUGACUCGAGCCACCAUCACCACCUACCCAUGUCGCUUGACUUGCCUCUCCCUUUCCUCAUCGGCGUUGUGUUUGUUGGAUACCGGGUGCUGCGUUUCUUGCAACAAUUGAGUCUCCAUGGCUACACUAAGGGAUACAGGCCUCUGUUAGACCCCCAUUCUCUCCCUGGAAAUGCCAUUCCGGCAACUUGGUGGCACAUGGGCUUUAUGUGGCCAUGGACACAACGGAAAAUAGCUCAUUUCCACCAUACACGCGAUCUAACCACCAUAAUACCCAUUCUCGCGGGCAAGAGCAUGUACAUUGCCGCUUCUGUGGGUACGGCAAAACAAAUCUGGGGGAACGAAGCAAAAACACAUUUGAUCAAACCCAGCGAUUUCACAACGGAGGGAGUUUGGGGAAACAGUAUUGCUUCUGCUAAUGGAGACGACUGGAAACGACAUCGUCGCGUAGUUGCUCCUGCCAUCUCGCCCAAAAUGAUCUCGCGCGUCGUCGAAGAAUCCUCCGUGGUGUACGAAAAAAUGUGUCAGGAUCUCACCUCCGGCGGCAAAUUUAGCACGCUCAUAAAUCUGCAUUCUUUACUACUACGGGUAUUAGAUUCUCUUCACCCAAAUGCAUUGGCCAUACUUAUUGAUCUCAACCAGUAUACAUUUGUCAUGAUUUGCCGUUGUGGAUUUGGGAUGUCAGUUGAGUGGAAACAAAGCAUGGCAGCUGAUGAAGUGGCCAUCUUUGACCGUGCUCUCUCUGUUGCGUCUGCAACCCUUAUCCAUCGCCUCAUCUUUCCAACUUGGGUUUGGCGACUCCCUAUCCAGAGGUUACGCGAUAUAGACCAAUCCUGGAAGACAGUCUUGACUCUCAUGACCUCCCUUGCUACUGAACGACAAGCACAGUAUUCAAUCAUGAGGGAGCUUGGAGAGGGCGAAAUCACCGACCUUUUCACGAAAUUAGUGUCUUCCACCGAUGAGACCUCGCGCUAUAUGUUAACGCCUGCAGAAGUAGUAGGUGUUUCGACUUCAAGUUCCACCGUCGUGUCCAAUUUACUCAACCUUCAUUUAGAGACCCUACGUUCAAGUGCAACUAACAAAUUUAUAGAGACGACGAGCAGCGCGUUGAUGUCAACAUUGGUGUUUCUGGGUCUCCAUCCCGACACGCAACAGACUGCAUAUGACGAGAUUGUCCGCGAGAUACCCUUUCCUCAAGGAAUGACUGUGCGGAAUAUCUUCGCACUCAAAUACCUUCUCGCUUGCAUGCACGAGGCCCACCGGCUUGUCCCUGCAACCAUCAACCUACCCCGCGAUGUGCCAGAGGAUAUGGUUCUGCACACUCAAUUGCCUAAAAGGGACGUUGUAAUUCAUCGGGGUUCACGAAUUAUGGUCGAUAUCAUGGCCGUCUGCCACAAUCCACACGACUUCCCCGCUCCCGAAACCUACAACCCAUCUCGUUGGAUGUCCCCAGACUUGGAUGUAAAGGAAGACAUCAUUAUGUUUGGAGCGGGUCCCCGUGCUUGCGUAGGUCGUCGGUUUGCACAGGUCGAGGCUCUAUCGUUCCUCGUACACUUUCUCCAUGACUGGAAAGUCGAGACAGUUCUGCAAGAGGGGGAAACCCACCAAAUGGCUUUGGAUCGUGUCUUGACUGGUGCAAGUAUGCAUGGCACCGCAUUCGGACUGGGAGAAGUACCCGUGAAAAUUGUGAAGCGUAACGAGAGCCAAGCUACGAAUCUCAGCUUAGCGUUAAAGCCGAAUCUGCUUUCACCCAUGUCCACAUACGGCGCGACCUCAGCCCUUGUACGAACGCCGAGUUCAUCGUCGUCCCCUUCUACACGCACAAAAAUACUUCUCCUUGGCCAGCGCCGCGCCGGAAAAUCUUCAAUCAAAGAGGUCCUUUUCAAUGCGCUCCCGCCAAAACAGACUUUUCAUCUCGAAACGACAAUGCGCGUUGACCGGCACCCUUACGACACGAUUAUUCCGCUCGAGAUUUGGGACUGCCCGGGGAACGUAACCGUCGACACACUUGGCGCGCCACUGUCGCAAUUUGGGGCUCUUAUAUUCGUCAUUGAUAUUCGUGAUGUGUUCAAGCAGCCUAUAAACAAGCUAGUAGAGUUUAUUGUGGCUGCACAACAACAAAAUCCGUCCAUCUUUGUGGAGGUUUUCGUGCACAAGUCAGAAAAGUUUCAGGAAGAUGACAAGAUUGAAAACUUCCGGCAGAUCCAAGAACGUGUUCAUGAGUCGCUCAUCGACCGGGAGUGCGACCAGAUGCCGUACAACUUUCAUCUCACGUCCGUCUACGACCACACCCUGCAUGAAGCUUUCUCGAAAGUCCUCCACAAACUGAUCCAUCCUUUGCCGUUUCUGGAAGAUCUCGUGAACGUCUUUUGUGCCAACUCGCAGUCGCCGAAGGCGUUUCUUUUCGACAUCGCGUCCCGACUAUAUGUGGCCACCGACAACUCUCCCGUCGACUCUGCCACUCAUAAUCUGUGUUGCGACUAUCUUGCCAUGCUAAACUCUUUCGGGCCACUGUAUCGAACGCCAACCUCCCGUGACAAACGACUGCGACUACCUGAAGAGCCUGCAAGUACAAAUGGCCAUUCCUCCCUACCGCCCACACCUUCAUCAUCAUCAUCAUCUACCUCCUCACUUUCCUCUCCCACCAAAAGCACCUCACCCUCUCCCGAACAAGCCCGCUUCUACCCCUCUGCCGCCGCGUCGCUGCACCCAUCGACACCGGGAACAACUCUCACCUACCAUCUCGUCACGCCCCACCUUGCGCUGGUCGCUCUGGUGCCAACGGCGGUUUACGAGGGCAGAAGAGGCCUGCUCGAAUAUAAUGUCGUCUUUGUUCGGGAGGGCGUGCAAGAGAUUUGGGAGGUUGAGCGGGAGGUAAGGAGGGGCUGCGCCGCGGUAGUCGAGGACUGGUUUGUGCUUAUUAGAGUAGUUACCUAA